AUGCGGCGGUAUACCAGGCCGUCGUCGCUUGCCGCGUUUAGAGACGGCUGGUCCCGUUUCCCAGAUUCCAGGUGCAUGGAGAAUCCCGGCAGACCUUUACAGUGUUACAAGUGCCUGGAGAUUGGACACGUAAGCAAGACUUGCACCUCCAAGGAGGACAAGGGGCACCUAUGCUACAGAUGUGGAAAACCAGGGCACCAAGCGAAAGCAUGCACUGCCGGGAGCCUGCUCUGCGAGGCACUUGAAGCACCAUCUGUGCACAGGAUGGGUGGACCAGCCUGCCCCCGCCCUCCGAAGAAAGGAACAAAAGGAGCCACUCGCGGAUCCACAGCUGCAAGCGACAACGAGAAAGGCUCCCCGUCGCAAGGAGAGCCUACGCCUGUGAACAAAGAAGCUGGCACGGAGGAAGCCAUAGAAGUGACGACACUAAGGGACUGA